GCCCGAUGACUACGAAGAGGGAAAGAAACUGGAUUUUACGCAAAAGUCGUUCACAUUUUCCGAGAGUAUCGUCAAAUUCAAGCGUUUGGAUCAGUUCCAGAAGAAUGUGACCAAAAAACUGGACCCAAUCAUGAAACGGGUGGCGCCGCGACUCUCGGAGUUUCUCUUCUACAUUGAUCUGCCGUCAGAUUGUAUGACAGCAUUGGCUCGUGUGGGACAAGCCAUCCGAGCGCAGGAGACCUGGGCUUUCAGAUUCUUGGACUCUUCGCCGAUUGGAAAGAUGGACUUAACUUCACUGCCAUUUGGCGAAUACGACGAGUGUCUGGACAUUGAGAGCCGAUACCAAUGGGACAAACCCAUGAUAUACGGCCAGUACUGCGCCCUCGGACUACCCCUCUCUAUCAUACCUCCGAGCGGUUCCCACACCGCGGAAGACAAUCGCCGAAACGACGCCAUGUUAUUGAAUUAUAUGCGACAACGAGCUAACUCUACCGAAGAGAGGACACCGCAAAAGGAUUUCAUGGAUCGGCUGAACAACGAAACCGAUGGACACCUAAUGGAAGGGUUAAUGAGAUAUAUUGAAUACUUAGGCGAAGAGGAGGUCCGACUCCCGCCCGGUAUUUGUCUUCCAACCGCUUGUAAUGCAAAAGACUUUGAGUUCGCGAUCAAUAAGAUACUUUAUCCGUUCACACACUUCAGUAUUAGCAUUAAUCCUGACUGCGAUUAUAAGGACAAACCGAUUUCCAUCGAUAAAUAUCAAAUAACUUCAAUAGUUAUGUUGUCACUAAUGGGAACAAUAUGUAUAAUUUGUACAAUUAUUUACUUAAUCCGAUCGACGGAAACGUCGGACAAACCGGUGGCCGACGGGAAACCGACGGCCCGAGUGUUUCAAGUGACCGACUGUUUCGCAAUUGUACCCAAUUUUGUGUCUAUUUUUGAUAUGCGGUCAAAGCCUAACCGACUGUCGGCGGUGGACGGCGUGCGGGCCGUACUGUGCUUUUGGAUGUUUAUCCAACACGAGUACGACAUGGGAUACCUUCCCUUCCAGCACAAGAGGACCUCCCAAUCGGCUCCCUAUGACUUUCACACAUCCCUACGCUAUAUAUUUCUCAUUAACUGGAAUCUGACCGACACUUUCUUCCUGAUGGCCGGUCCUCUUUGGCCGCUCAUCAGUCAUAUAUUACAGAAGCCUUGCAUUGAGAGUCCGAUGUCUACCAUAUUUAUGGUCAAUAACUACAUAUCAUUCCCCAAUUUAGUGACAUGCGUUCCCGCCACGUGGUAUGCGUCGACAUACUUUCAGCUAUGUUUAUUGGCACCGUUUGUUGUGCUAAUACUAUACUAUGCGCCCACAAUUGGCAUACUUUGGUCACUUGUGGUCAUAAGCUUCGGCUCAUUCCUAUCGAUAUCACCCAAACUGAUCGCCGGAAUCCCGCACUUCUUCGAGUCCUAUAAGAGCCUCAGUAUUGAUACAGUGGUCAGUAGUGUCGGCCAUCACUUAUGGGGCAUUGAAACUCACGUUCAGCUCUAUGUGUUGGGCCUAUUGUUUGGUUACUUAACCAAACGGCACCCAAACAUGUAUUUGGGCGGCAUUUUUGGCGAACUGGCCAUUUGGUUGACCACUUGGGCCAUGACUUUCUACGCGAUCUUUUGGCACAGAAAUUAUUUCAAUUUUGAAGAAUAUUCUGUCACAGAAUCGGAAAUAACACAUUGGAUUCUGUGGUCAAAGCUAUGUUACGGUGCCGGAUGGGCAUGAAUCGGCACAAUUAGAGAGAGAAUAUUCUACAGCAACUAUUAUGUGUGGACAGUAAUUAUAUUUGACUACAUAUUGGCGUUUAUACUAUCGGUAAUCGUCAACGUAUUUGUGACCAAACCGUUGGCCAAUGUCUUGAAUCUGGUCUACAAAGUGGACAAAACUCGCGACAUAUUUGACGAAAAUAACAACAAUUGGCAGCAAAACGGCAAAGAAGUGCUGCCUUUGGACGCCGUCAACGACGACAAGGAAGUGGUGGUCUUCACGAACUCCGCCUUCGAUGGCGACAACGAUAUCAUCGCUAAAGUAGUCAACACUGAGACUCUGAUCAACAAUAAUAGCAAUAAUAAUAAUGUGGGUGAUCAUCACUAUCUGGUGGACAGGGAAUCGGUUCCCAAACGUGUGGUCAAUGCGAACAAUGAUAUCGUGUUUCGUAUGAAUUGA